AAUUAAUAAAUUUUAUAAAGGGAAAGUACGUGUUUGACUUAGAAACAGAGAAAACGAAAGAACUGAAGAGUUAAAAUAAGGGACACAAGUUGUGUCACACAACUGGAUGUUACGUGAAACCAUUGGCUCUCAUCAUGACAUAAGCGGCCAACAUUUCUCACCGGUUGCGUCUCGCGUGAAAAAAAACAAACAACAAACGUGUGUGUUUUAUUAUGACUAUUCUGUUUAAUUACAGUUCUAGGUCCAAGCACGCGUUGCAAAGAAUACAGUGAUAAGGAUUAUUUUUAUGGACUUCUUCUUGCAAGUCAAGUACCUAUAAUUGCGCGAUAAUCGAUAUUUUAAAACUGUAUCGUUAAUCGAUUUUCAAAACACUUACUGACGAUGAUUAUCGGCAAUUAACGAUAAUUUCCGCCAGCCCUAGUCUCUUGUAAAUUUAUGUCAACAACCCGUUACGAGCACGCCAUUAAAGGGAAAGGGAAACAACAAUUUACUAGAAGAUACUCAGCCACUAAUUCCGGGCCCUGUUACUACUAGCUGGACAGAUAUAUUCAUGCAGGUAUUUUGUAUAAGCUAUUCCAAGAUGAUUGACUACAGUUCAGCAAAGGACAUUAUUUCUGGUUCUGAUUUCAGAGAAGGAGAAUUUGAGGCUAUGAAAAAAUAUGCGGUAGCUCCGCAAGCAUUUCGUCAGAAAUUAAUUAAAGACAGUAAAUCUGUGGAUGAAAUAUGGCUAUGUGCUGCUAUAGAGAUCCAGAGAAGAUGGAGGGGUUAUAGGGGAAGGUGUAAUAUAUUUGGUGUACAUGAACCUGUAUUAAGUAAUGUAGCAGUAUAUAGUAAUAGUUUAACUGGUGCUGAUAGAUUGAAAGAUGCAGAGAAAGAUGAAAAAGAACCUACUGCUCCCUCCCCCUCUCACCCACCUCCAUCAGUUCCUCCACCCCUUUCCCAACCUUCUCCUGAACCACCAGUUCAAAAGCCUAAACCAAAGCCAACUAUAAAGAAAACUCAUGCAUUGCGAAGGUUAGAACAGUAUUAUAGAGAAUAUGUUAAAGAGGAAAAAGAAAAGGAAACCAGAGCAGAAAAUAUAUUUAGGUUUGCUGAAUUUUGUGCGGCAUUUAUACAGAAAUGGUGGAGGACAUUAGACUUGGACACUAUUCAUGCAAAAAUGUUACGAGAUAUGGUACAAGAGGAGGUAGAAUAUGAGGAGGAAGAAGAGUUUGAGGAAACUGCGGAAGAUGAAGACGGGGAUGCUGAAGAGUCAGAAGAGGAGGUUGAAGUGGAGGUAGAGAUAGAAUAUGAUGGUCAAGCUGAUCCUGGAGGUGAUCAGCCUCAAGAAAAAGUCAAGAAAAAUGGGAAGAAAAUAACUCAAGUAAAGAAGCCCAAAGAAAAGAAGGAAAAGGCAAAAGUGAAAAAGACACGAACUGUAAAAAAGACAAAAGUUGUACAAAAGAAACCUGAGAAUAUAAAACAAGUGGUUUAUGCAGCAUUUCAACAACAUAUAAAAGGUUUAAAAGAUGAGAGAGAUCGGGAGAAGAUGGAUCGUAAUGAAGCUGCAUGUAAAAUACAGAGACAAUGGCGAAGGCAUAUUGAUGUGCAGGUUUAUCGGUACUAUAGAGAUUUAAUCAACUUUAAAACACAAGGUGAUCCAGCUAUGAUGUUAAGAUGUAUUAAUCCUAAUGAAUCCAGAUUAUUAGAUCCAGCUACUGGUGUUCAUGUUAGAUUUAGAUUAGCAGGAGAUCGGUUUCCACCUAAUAUCUACUAUAAGAUCUUUACUCAUAGACCAAUAGUUGAUAUGUGUGCUAAUAGUCCUAAAGAUUAUACGAGAGCUACAGCUAAGCAAUCAGUAGCAUUUGAUAGAAACAACAGAGCUAGACAAAAUCAACUUGGUGAUAGAAAAGAUAAAAGUGGUUGGUACCAACGAGUUGAAAAUAAUGGCUGGCGUUUGGUGUCUGACCGUCUGAUUCAUCACAUUAUGUCUGACCCUGUAACAUGGGAAAGCUCCAAGAAGAAAUAUGAAUUCCAUCAUGACAAGCUUCACCGUAAACAAGAUGUUGAAAAAAGAAGAAAAAAGAAAAAAAUAGAUUGGAUGAAAAAAAUGUAUAAAGAAGGUAUGUUAAAGGCUAGAUCACAUGAUAUAGAAACUGUUAAACUAAUAGAGGGUGCAGCAGGUGGUAUGGUAGCUACUAUAGAUAAUAUUGGUCCAGAAGCUCUAGAAGAAUGGGAAGUGGAUGAACUUCUUGAUUGGACAACUAGUCUUAAUUUUGAGGACUAUUGGACAGGAUGGAAAGAUUUAGCCACAAGCGCACAUUCAGAACAAAAAACAGAUGAGAGAAAAAGAGUUUAUACAGAUUUAGAUCCAUAUGAACUGACAUUAUCAUCUGGUGCUUCUAGAUAUCAUUCUACAAGACAAUCACAAAAUACUCCAGUUUCUGUCAUUAGAUAACACGUCUUUAUAAUAUUGUGUGUAAUUUGUGUUUUUAUAAGCUGACAUUGAAAUGUGGUCGUAUAUGCCGUCCAUCCAUGGUCCAGCGUCCACAAUUGCUUGUGGAUGCUCUAGAGACUGAAGUUAAUAUCCAGUUGACUUUAAAUUUAUACACAGUGUUAACGGUCAUGAGACGAAGAAGCCUAUUGAUUUUCAACAAUUUCCGAUAAUUACUACUCACUUUAUGGCUCUAAUAACUGCCGGACAAAAUGGCCACUCCCUGUACGCAAAUAGUAUUAAAGUAUCUAAUAUCAAGGUUGUGGACCCUCUAGAGGUCACAAUAUUGAUUCAAUUUUGAUGAAACUUAAAAUAUACUGAGCGCCAUGGAAAACGCAAAACGCAUCACUUAGUUUUUCGUAUAACAAAAUGAUCCUGUAAACAUAUCUUAUUUAUUUUACUUCUUAUUGUGAACAAUAUUCAAAUGGGAACACAUCAAUAACAACACAUUUGUACACUUAUGGAUUUUUAAUCUGUAAUCAAGGGUACAAAGUCAGAGGGGUCAAAACCAAAAGUACGACACAGAUGUCAUUUGCACGUGUGUCCUCCACGGGCCAUCAUCACGGUAGGCUACAGCAUUAACGCGACCCCUGCAAAUGUGUAGGGCGGUCCGGUGAUGAAAUGUGAAGCCUCCCCACACCAUUACACUUCCCCCACCCCAUCGAUUCGUUUCGAAGACGCAGCAGUCUGCAAGACGUUCCCCAAGACGUCUCCACACACGUUGACGGUCAUCAGCGUGAUAAAAGAUGAAAGUGACUCUCAUCACUGAAGAGCACACUUUGCCAGUCUACUCUUCUCCAUGUCUGGUGUCCUUGAGUCCAUAUCUACGGUGGCUGAUAAGGGACAUGAAAUAUGAUAUAAUUUGUUCUUUUUAAUUUUUACCCAAGUCAAUUUUAAUAUAAUUUGUUUUUUUGUAAUUUUCACCCAAGUCAAUUUUAAUAUAAUUUGUUUUUCAUAAUUUUCAACCAAGUCAAUUUUAAUAUAAUUUGUUUUUUUAUAAUUUUCACCCAAGUCAAUUUUAAUUUCCACCCAAGUCAAUUUUAAUAUAAUUUGUUUUUUUAUAAUUUUCACCCAAGUCAAUUUUAAUAUAAUUUGAUUUUUAUAAUUUUCACCCAAGUCAAUUUUAAUAUAAUUUGAUUUUUAUAAUUUUCACCCAAGUCAAUUUUAAUAUAAUUUGAUUUUUAUAAUUUUCACCGUACAUAUCAAACGCCACUGACGGUGAUGAUCCCUGAGGAUAGCUCCAACAUAAGGUCGUCGUGCACCGAGUCCUACUUCUCUUCGACGACGUCUUACAGUGUUGGCACUUACUGGUCCUUGUCUUCCGACGACUGCUGCACCUGUUCGAGUCGCUGGGCGGAAUCUGUCACGCAGAUGAGUGACCCGGAUGUAGCGGUCUUGAGUCUGGGUUGUAACACGUUGUGGACCAGGUCGUUGACGAUCAUGUGUUGAUCCAGUAACUCAAACAUGUUCCACCAACCUUACAAUAGUGGACUGAUGACAAUUGAAGUGUCUGGCAAUAGCAUGUGUAGACAUGCCAGCCCUGGACAUUCCCAUGGCUUCAUUCCGUUGAUUUUCAGUAAGUCUCGGCAUCUCUAGCUCGAUUCCUUCACACGUCCAACAACAAAUUACGACAGAUUGACGUUUCACAGUUCAUGUACUGCACAUUAAGUUGAAAACAUGCUUUUAAAGGGCUCACACACAAUGCUGCACGUGAAUAUUGGGUUUUUCAUGUGCAUCUCGUGCUAUUUUUUUUUAGCACACGGGCCGAUAUUUUUUGCGUUUGGGAGCAUUGUGUGAAACAAUAGUUCAUAGUAUUGCAUAAUAUUAUACAUACAAAACCACCUAGUAAUAAAAUAUUUGGGAAAAAAAAGUGAUGCGUUUUCCAUGGCGCUCAGUAUAUGUGUUUUAACCUGCCCAACAAAAUGGCCGCUCCUUGAACACAAAUAGUGUAAAAGUAUGUAAUACAAAGGUUGUGGACAAUUUUUAUCCGAUUUUGAUGAAACUUAAAAAUAUGUUUAUAUCUCAAAGAUCUUGUUUCCUUACAAUAUUAGCGCAUAUCAGACUACAAGUCUCUGGAUUAUGGCCCCCAAUUGUGCAAAUAAUCACAAUUUUUAUCUGAUUUAAAAACCAUUUAAAUAUAUCACCAUUACACCAUAAUGAAGGUUGAGUUGAAAUUUCGGGAAAAUCGUAUCGAAACAAAACUGCCGACAAAAUGGCUGCUCCAUGUACGCAAACAGUGUAAAAUAUAAUACAAAGGUUGUGGACCCACUAGAGGUCACAUUUUUUUGUCCGAUUUUGAUGAAAUAUAUGUUUAUAUCCCAAAGAUCUCAGUUCCUUUCAAUAUUAGCGCAUAUCGGACCAUAACUUACUGGUUAAUUAUGUGUAAUAUCUGAUUGUAUGAAAAAAUCACAUUUUUUUUUCUUUUCUGUCCACCUCUUGCAAAAUGUGGGCGUAUCUUGCAUGGCAACUGCUGGUUAUAUAUAUAUAUACUAAACAGCAAAAAAACAUGUCAGUAUGAUUUUAAAAUUAGAGAGGCACUUUAAAAUCAAAUCAUUCUAGAAAACGACUUACUAAAUGGAUCAAAACAAUUUUUUGUGAACAGUAUGUUGACACAUUAGUGAUUAAUUCAUCACAAUUCCAAGACAUUACGAGGUUUAGAGUCUGUACAGUCUAUACAUCAGUAUCUGGUGUGUCCAGCGCGAGUAUCAAUAACAGCAGCGCAGCAAUUGUACAUGGAGUGGACCAGACGAUUGAUGAACGCCAUUGGCACCUGGAACCACACUCUCCGAAAAGCCUGGCGCAAUCCAUCGGCUGUGUUUCGAUGACGUGCUAAAUGUGGUAUGACGUGGAGUCUGAGAUCUUGAUCGAUGUAGCGCACUGCUGUGAUGUCGCCCCCUCUCUCUGGACCAAGAUUUUGGAACACCACAGGACCCACUCUCUGGUUCAGGCCGAUUCCACCCCAAACCAUUAUGCUUGGACCUCCCCAUGAAUAUCGUUCCAUGACAAAUUGGUCAGAAUAAUGCUGGCCACUUCGAAGCCAUAUUCUGGUCCUGCCAUCUGCAGUUGAUACCCAAUACUGCCUGCGUUGCCAGUUCUGGUGUUGUUUGGCAAACUGUAGACAAUCACGUCGAUGGUGAGAAUCGGUCCACGGUAAGGUCUACGGCAAUGGAUGUUCCCUCUGGUGAGACGUCAGCGUACUGAUGGGUCUUCCGCAUGUUCCCACUGUCGGACGUGCUGUCUCAGAUGCCUGUGAUAACCCUUGGUCUACCAGUUCAGGGGAGAUCAUCCGUGGUGUUGGUGGCCCAAAAGCGUUGCUGAAGCCUGUAGAUGGUCCGAACAUUGACCUGGAAGUGAUUGGCAACGGCUUUGGGAGUGUGGCCAGCUUCGAGGUUUCCAAGCGCAUGGUUCCUCUGAGCUGUGUGAGUUGUGACAUGCUGCUGCCGUUGUAGUGUGAAUGAUUCAACCAGGUAUAGGGCUGGACCCAGUGAACAGCACGUGCAGAAUGAGUUACAUGAAAAUCAUUGAGAACACAUUAACAUCUCAGAAGUCAGGUUGCGUUUUUGAGAACAUUUCCUGGGUUCAAUUCUGUGUUUCGGAAAGAGCCUUAUUGCUCAGGUAAAGUUGGAGAUGUGGUCACAAAUAUACAAUAAAAACAUUUGGCAAGUUUUAUGCAAUGCGUCUAUUCAGAGUAACAUACCAACCUGGCGUUUCUUUUGCUGCUUAGUAUAUAACCCACUAUGUUGGCCUAUACUAAGAUAUAAAAAGUUUGAAUUGUU